GGAAAACAGAAUUGACGAGAGAGGGAGAGAGGGAGAGAGAGACAGACAGACAGACAGAGCGACGCAGAGCGGAGACUCGCAUCUCAACCCAUAUCUCUCUUUCUCCCCUCUUUUCCCAUCGCUGCUCGGCCGGACUUUAACCCUCGGCCUCCCCUUCGCCAGUUCCGGCUAUUCCAAUUACGGCCUUAUACGCCGUCCAAAUCCGAUUUUAGGUUCAGUGCUGGAAUUUAGGGGAAUGAGAAGAUGACCAUGGCUGAGCGGAAGACGAUUGACUUAGAACAAGGAUGGGAUUUUAUGCAGAAAGGGAUUACAAAACUGAAGAACAUUCUAGAAGGACUGCCAGAGCCUCAGUUCAGCUCCGAGGACUAUAUGAUGCUCUAUACAACCAUCUAUAAUAUGUGCACACAAAAGCCUCCUCAUGAUUACUCUCAGCAGCUGUAUGAUAAGUACCGGGAAUCUUUUGAAGAGUACAUUACUUCAACGGUAUUGCCUUCUCUGAGGGAGAAGCACGAUGAGUUCAUGUUGAGAGAGCUUGUGAAGAGAUGGUCAAACCACAAAGUCAUGGUCAGGUGGCUUUCUCGAUUUUUCCAUUAUCUUGACCGGUACUUCAUUGCUCGGCGGUCACUUCCAGCACUUAAUGAAGUUGGACUCACUUGCUUCCGUGAGUUUGUCUACCUCGAGUUAAAUGGUAAAGUAAGGGAUGCUGUGAUAUCUCUGAUUGAUCAAGAACGUGAAGGAGAACAGAUUGACCGAGCUUUAUUAAAAAAUGUGUCGGACAUAUUUGUUGAGAUUGGAAUGGGGCAUAUGGAUUAUUAUGAGAAUGACUUUGAAGCAGCCAUGCUUAAAGAUACCGCUGCUUAUUAUUCUAUAAAGGCUUCAAGCUGGAUCCUGGAAGAUUCCUGUCCAGAUUACAUGUUGAAGGCUGAGGAGUGUUUGAAACGAGAGAAGGAUAGGGUGUCACAUUAUCUACAUUCUAGUAGUGAGCCAAAGCUGCUUGAGAAAGUUCAACAUGAACUGUUAUCUGUGUAUGCAACCCAACUGCUUGAGAAGGAGCACUCAGGAUGCCAUGCAUUGCUUAGGGAUGACAAGGUGGAGGAUUUAUCAAGGAUGUAUAGGCUCUUUUCUAAAAUACCCCGAGGAUUAGACCCUGUUUCUAGCAUAUUUAAACAGCAUGUUACUGCUGAAGGGACAGCCUUGGUUAAACAAGCAGAAGAUGCAGCCAGCAAUAAGAAGGCAGAAAAGAAAGAUACGGUCAGUCUGCAGGAACAGGUUUUUGUUAGAAAAGUGAUUGAGCUACAUGACAAGUACCUGGCAUACGUGAAUAACUGCUUCAUGAACCAUACCCUUUUCCACAAGGCGCUCAAGGAAGCUUUUGAAAUCUUCUGCAACAAGGGUGUUUCUGGAAGCUCCAGUGCAGAACUAUUAGCCACAUUUUGUGAUAACAUUCUAAAGAAAGGCGGGAGUGAGAAAUUGAGUGAUGAAGCCAUUGAGGAAACACUCGAGAAGGUAGUCAAGCUGCUUGCUUAUAUUAGCGAUAAGGAUCUGUUUGCUGAAUUCUACAGAAAAAAGCUUGCUCGGCGCUUACUUUUUGACAAGAGUGCUAAUGAUGAACAUGAAAGAAGUAUUUUGACAAAGCUGAAGCAGCAGUGUGGUGGGCAGUUCACAUCAAAGAUGGAGGGCAUGGUCACAGAUUUGACUUUAGCUAGGGAAAAUCAAGCAAUCUUUGAGGUUUAUCUCAAUGGCAAUCCCGACGCAAAUCCUGGGAUUGACCUGACUGUUACUGUCUUGACCACUGGCUUUUGGCCAAGUUACAAAUCUUUUGACCUCAACCUUCCAGCAGAGAUGGUUGUGUGUGUUGAAGUUUUCAAAGAAUUCUAUCAAACAAAAACUAAGCACAGAAAACUUACAUGGAUAUACUCACUUGGCACGUGUAACAUCACUGGAAAAUUUGAACCCAAAACUAUGGAGCUCAUUGUGACAACUUAUCAGGCUUCUGCUCUACUGCUUUUUAAUGCUGCAGACAGAUUGAGUUAUCAGGAAAUCAUGACUCAGUUGAACUUGACAGAUGAUGAUGUUGUCAGACUGCUGCAUUCUCUUUCAUGUGCCAAGUAUAAGAUCCUUAAUAAAGAGCCAAACACAAAAACAAUCUCUCCAACUGAUUACUUUGAGUUCAACUCUAAGUUCACUGACAAGAUGAAAAGAAUUAAGAUUCCUCUCCCUCCUGUUGAUGAGAAGAAAAAGGUGAUUGAAGAUGUCGAUAAGGAUAGAAGAUAUGCCAUUGAUGCUUCAAUUGUGCGUAUCAUGAAGAGUCGAAAAGUUCUGGGCCACCAGCAGUUGGUUAUGGAGUGUGUUGAGCAGUUAGGCCGCAUGUUCAAGCCCGACUUCAAAGCAAUCAAGAAGAGGAUUGAAGAUCUGAUCACCCGUGACUAUCUGGAAAGGGACAAGGACAACCCGAACCUGUUCAGGUACUUGGCAUGAUGAAGCCCAGUUAAUAAUCAGCUUGGCUUGCACUGAUGCUGCAAGGGCCACCAAAGUUUUAGGGGAUCAGGUCGUGUUGGUAAAUUCAAGCGCAAACUGGUUCAAAUCUUGCUACUGCUUGAGCACCCCUUUUGAGAUUGCUUUGGGCCAGUCUUGAGAAAAAUCUUGUACAUAAUUGCCCUUAAGAGGGGUGGGGACUGUAUAAAUUGCCUGUCCGGUGGGGGAAAAAGUGGUAGUUGAAAGUUGUGGUUGAGUCCACCAGUGAGAUGGUCAAGCUUCUCACCAUCUGAUUGCUGCAAUCCUCUAUCACCACUCUAUUGAUGCUUGCUCUUUCUUUGUUUCAGAAUUACCUGCCAUGUAAUGUAAGGAAAUAUAACCAUUGAUUCUGCUUAAGUUUUCCACCAUGGUGAUCAAGUUUCUCGCCGUGUUAUUUUAUUGAAUCCCUUUUAAUCUC